UCAGCAGCGAGGCCGUUUCCAAGGAAGCUUUCAGUCGUUACCAUGUUAGACACUUUGGCAUCCUCAGCACUGACAAUGGGCCACACCAAGGAGCAGAUAUCCGAGAAGAUCCUGAAUCAUGCUUUAGAAAUUAUCUACCUGCUGACAGGAGAGAAAUACGUCAUUGUAAAGAAAACGUUUCCACACUGCUGUAUCCACCCAAAAUCUGGAGGGGUACCUGUGAAGUGUGAUGAUGUUGCUGUGUAUUUCUCUAUGGAAGAAUGGGACUAUGUCAAAGGGCAUAAAGAAGAUUACCAAGAUGUCUUCAUGGAUACUGAUGUGCCCAGCAAUACAAUAGAGAUUACAGAAAGUACUGACCUAGAGUUGCCAGAUCUUCGUGCUGGAGAGUUAAAGUGUGCCUCAUCUAAUGUCCCAGCUGAUAUCACAGCUGAUGCCUCAACCAAUACCUCAUCCGAUGUCUACCCUGGUGCCUCAACUGCUGGAAAACACAAAGAGGACAGUAAAAAGAGUAAAAAGGACAAAGAUGAAUCAGAAGACAAGGAUAAAAGUGAUGCAGAAGACAGUGAAGAGGAGUCUUCUCUUGUAGCUGAACCCAUUAGGAUGGAUGUGAUUCGAGAACGCCCUUUUCCAGGUCCUCUGUACCGCGAGGCCAUGCGAUUCGAGAUGACAGAGGAGAUACAGGAAGACGGUACAGUAAGACCCCUCAGCACCGAAACCACCUUGCUGGAUAAACUCCACCCUGAAAUCUAUCGCUACGACCAGAACAUCUGGAGCAUCAGCCAGAGGUUCAUAUGCGGCACCAACAACCGACCGUACAACCAGCCCUCCAUAAUAACCGACGACGACGACAGCGAUGUAGGACAGUCAUCAAUCCAGGUGCCCAACCUGACCGAAGAGAAACCUUACCGUUGCGUCGCCUGCGAUCAGCUUUUUAAGUACAAGUCCAGCGUCACGAGACAUUACGCCGUCGUGCACGGGGUAAAGCCUCACCAGUGCAACGAGUGCGGUAAACGGUUCUCCACCAAAUUUAACUCCGUAGUGCACAAGUGUCACCCGCACAAAAACAAGAGCCCCUGGGGAAACGAUCCAUCGGGUUUGAAUAGUUAG